UGUUAUUUUUCUGAAUAGAAAUACACUACCCACAAGCCCUUGUAACACCUACGGAAGUCCUUUUCUUUCCUUCCGCUGUAGCAAGGGUCCCUUUCUGGAUUGACUCGGCCGUCACCAUGGCAGCCCUGAGACCACUCCAAAAACCUAAGAUCGUCAAGAAGCGGACCAAGAAGUUCAUCCGCCACCAGUCUGACCGAUAUGUCAAGAUCGCGAAAAACUGGCGUAAACCCAGGGGUAUUGACAACAGGGUCCGCAGGCGGUUCAAGGGUCAGAUGCUGAUGCCAAACAUUGGUUAUGGUAGCAACAACAAGACGAAAUACAUGCUGCCAAGUGGCUUCAAGAAGUUCCUUGUGCACAACAUCAAGGAGCUUGAAGUUCUGAUGAUGAGCAACAAGACACACUGUGCCGAGAUCGCCCAUAACGUCUCAUCCAAGAACAGGAAGCUGAUUGUGGAGAGGGCAGCUCAGCUGGCCAUCAAGAUCACAAACCCCAACGCAAGGCUGCGCAGCGAGGAGAACGAAUGAUCUGGCCAUUAUUUUCAAAAUAAAGUCUGUAAAAAUGG